AAUUUACCUCAUACAUACACACACACACAUAUACACUAAGAGUUAUACACCUUGCUUAUAUAGAUCCCGAGAGAGCUACAAAAAAUGGGGUUUUUCCUGUUAUUUCAACUUUUUUUCACCAUAGCCAUAAUAAGUUUUUCUCUUCAUUUCUUCUCCACAUUGAUAUUCUCAUGCUGGGUUCUACCCAUUAGAGCUUACAACAAGAUUAAAAAAAAUGGAUUUACAGGUCCAAUCCCUAGUUUUCCAAUGGGAAACAUCACAGAGAUGAAAAACAGUAUGAAUAUAAACGUUUCUUCUUCACUUAAUGUUAUUUCCCACGAUAUACACUCCACUGUGUUUCCUUAUUUUGCUCGUUGGCAGAAAUCAUAUGGGAAAUUGUUCAUAUACUGGCUGGGGACGGAGCCGUUUUUGUACGUUGCGGAACCGGAGUUUUUAAAGAACAUGUCGGCGGGAGUGUUGGGAAAGAGUUGGGGGAAACCCAAAGUGUUUAAACAUGAUAGGGAGCCUAUGUUUGGAAGUGGGUUGGUGAUGGUUGAAGGAGAUGAGUGGGUUCGCCAUCGCCAUGUUAUUACGCCAGCAUUUUCUCCUUCCAACUUAAAGGCUAUGGCAAGCUUGAUGGUCGAACCGACAACGAAGAUGCUAGACCAAUGGGCUACUCUAAUAAGCUCUGGUUAUCCCGAAAUCGAUGUCGAAAGGGAAAUCACAACGACCGCAGGGGAGAUCAUCGCGAGGACCAGCUUCGGGUUGAGUUACCAAAAUGAGAACAAAGUGUUUGAAAAACUAAGAGCCAUGCAAAUCACCCUUUUCAACUCCAACCGUUAUGUUGGCGUUCCAUUUAGCAAAUGGAUGUGCCCUAAGAAAAACCUAGAAGCCAAGAGACUCGGAAAAGAAAUCGACCAAUUGCUUUUAUCUAUAAUCGAUGCCCGUAAAAAGAGUUUGGAUAUUGGGACAUCCCUUCAGAAGGAUUUGUUGGGUUUGUUGAUGGAAGGUAGCCUCAUUGACGGACGGUCGGGGAAGAGCUUGACAGCGAGGGAGCUUGUCGACGAGUGCAAGACUUUCUUCUUCGGCGGCCAUGAAACCACUGCAUUGGCACUCACUUGGACAUUGUUGCUUUUGGCCAUGUAUCCCGAUUGGCAAAACCAAUUGAGGGACGAAAUUAAACAAGUGAUUGGAGAUGGAGAGAUCGAUUUCACUAAGCUUGCUGACUUAAAGAAGAUGGGAUGGGUGAUGAAAGAAGUGUUAAGACUAUACUCGCCAGCACCAAAUGCACAAAGACAAGCAAGAGAAGAUAUAAAGGUGGGUGAUCUUGUUAUCCCUAAUGGAACCAACAUCUGGAUCGACGUCGUAGCAAUGCACCACGAUCCGACAUUAUGGGGCGAUGAUGUUAACGAGUUUCAGCCAGAAAGGUUUAAAGAUGAUCAUUUAUAUGGUGGGUGUAAACACAAGAUGGGAUUUUUGCCAUUUGGAUUCGGAGGUAGGAUGUGUGUUGGAAGGAAUUUGACAAUGAUGGAAUAUAAAGUUGUAUUAACACUUAUGCUCACUAGGUUUUCCUUCUCCCUGUCAUCAAAUUAUCGCCAUUCACCUUCCAUUUUGCUUUCUUUAAGGCAUAGAUAUGGACUGCCCCUCCUAGUUAAACCCCUCUAAGCAAUUCUUUUCCAUCCUAGUUAGAUUAAAAAGGUAAUUAAACUUCAACCUUAAAACCUUAGUUAUAGAUGUUAAAAAUGUUACAUUCAAAUUCAUUGUAUUCUUUCUUUAUAUUUGUUUCUUUGCACCGGCAUUAAGGUGUUCAAAUUUGUAUUAUCCAUAUUGAAAUUAAAUAAAUGUAAAAUUC